AUGUUUGAACAUGCUAAAGCAGAAAUUCCAAAUGAUAAUCUAUUAGAAGAAUUAAUUACUAGUUGCAAUCAGGCUGGUUAUGAUGGCUCUUUGUUAAUGCAGCUCCCUCCUAUAUUUUUGGGACACGAUUUGCAAUUGCCUGAUGCUAAUGAUAGACAUAUAGAGAUUGUCUGUAGUGAUCAGGAUUCUUUAAAUAUUAAAUAUUGUCCAAAUAUGCCUGUUAAGCAACUGGGUAAAGAAAUAUGCAGGGUUGAUGCUAUUUUAGAGUUCACCCUUAAGUUUCGAGAUAGUAAGGUAGAGUAUGAAAACGGCAAAGUAACAUUUGCCAUUCCUGAACAAUUAGAGAAUUACAAAGCUGAUGGCAAAAGCUUGUUAGAUGAAAUAAAUAGGCAUUUCAAAGAUGAGGAUAAUAGAAUUAUUGAUUCCCUGGUUGAAAAUAUUGGUGAAGGUCCGAAGUCGUUUGUUGUAGAUCUGCCAGCAGAGGUGGAUUCAUUUGAUGUUAUUCCUGAGAAUGCAGUUUUUGAUCUGGGUCAUAUUCUAGAACUAGUAAAAAAGGCGAUGGAUGAUAAGGAUGUUAAUGCCUUGGCUAAUCACAUAGGCUUUGUUCAAGGUCAUGUUACUCAUAUACCACCUAAGGAAGGUUUGCCAGUAGUAGAAAAAACAUUAGAAAUAGUAAGUGGUUUUACCAAGGAGCAAGGCAAGGCAUGGAACUGUCAUCCUACUGUACCUAUUGCAAGUUAUAUAUAUUCUGCCAAGCGGCAGUAUUAUGAUGGUGACAUUUCUCAAGAAGAUUAUGAAAAGCUUAAAAAGCUGGAGGAGACUUUGUAUGAAAUCAAGUCUGAUCUAAUAAAAAGAAGUAGCAAUGAUCCUAAUGAAGAAUCUCCUGUUAAAAAUGCUCAAGACACUUCGGCUAUACUAAAUGAGACUCCAACCUCAAGCCAAGCAGUGAAUCAAGAAGAUAAUAAUCAAUUAAGUACUAAAGAAUCCAAAAGUACUGACAGCCAACAGGUACAAAAAAGUAUUAUUGAUAAAGGAGAAAAUAUUAUGAAUAAUGAAGAGGCUUCAAUAGAAGAAGCUAUAGGUAAUAAUUGUGAGGAGGGUAAAAUGCCUAAAAAUAUAGAAGAAAAAUUAUCUAGUGCUGUCAGUAGCAUUGAUCUUGCUGAUGUGAUGGAUUUAUUAAGAAAAGUAGAUGAUAGUGUAUAUAAAUCCACUUUACAGAAGCUCUUAGGUCAAGCAAAUGAGGAAAUUGCAAAUUUGGAGGAGGAUGAGAAGAAAAAAACUCUCACAGAAAUGAUAGUAUUUCUUAAACAAGAGCUUGAGAACAUCCCUGCUGCAAGUAGCCAAGAAGUUCCUGUAGUGGAGCGUAAAGAAAGCGAGCCGGAUUCACUAUCGCUGAGUUCUGAGGAUGAUGAUUUUUCUAAACUUGAAGGUGAUGAUUCUGCUAGAGUUUCUUCAGAUUCUCCUUCGUUUGAGAUGAUUGAUGAUGAAGCAGAAGUGUCUGCACCUAAAAUGCCUUUAGCCACUGAGAGAGCUGAAACCGAACCUGAUAAUCUAAAUGACGAGGAAGAUGAUCAGCAAAAUUUAACAGUACCCACAGUAUCAAGUUCUGUAAGUGAGAAUAUUGGUAGUAACUCUGCUUCAGAAGCGGGGUCACUGGAUGAUUAUUAUAGUCUUGAUCCUAACGUGGAUAAUGACCAAAAACAAGAUAUACAACCAGAAGCUUUGGCAAGUGAAUUUGAAAUUGAAAAUGUUAAUACCGUUAACCAAUCUGCUGAACGUGUAGAGAAAAUAGCUAACGAAGAUACACUGCCAGAACCAACGUUGCCAGCAAUUAGUAAGCAAAGCAGCGAAAGUAACCAAAAAACAACUGCUCUAAAUACAAAAAAGUAUGUCGUAGCUGCUGCUGCGCUUGCAAUAGCCGGUAUUGUUUCAGGGGUGGCUGUUGCAGUUUACUUGGAAAUGUUAGCGGUAGGAAUAGCAGUUGCAGCUUGUUGUCUUAUUGCAGCUACAGUUAUAUACAGCUAUGGACCUAAAAGCUUAGUUGAGGAUAAUGAGAUUCGGUUAGUCAGUUCAAUAAUCCAUCUGAAGCACUACAGAAUCUUGGAAGAAAUAGAGAGCGUAAUGAGAGCAGACAAUCAUGGUUUUUCGCUGCUGCAGGUGAAGAAGUUGAGCUAUUUGUGA